CCCGCGCGGCGGCCGCCCGCGCUUCCUGCCGCCCUGGCGCUCCGGCCCUGCAAAGUUCUGCUCAACUUCGCCGCCAGCCGCCUCAGGUUCCCGGGAGCGGCGGUCCGGGUCCCGCCCGGAUCCUCGCCCUGAUCCCCCAGGCGGGCGGCGCCGCCGCGCCCCUGCGUCCCGACUGCCGCCGCCGCCGCCGCCGCUUCGUCCCGGGCGGGCAGCCUUGAGCCCGGGUCCCCAGCCCCGGAGUCGGCUCCGUGCGGAUCGGGGCUCCGCCGCCGCCGCCCAGGCCGUGUAAGCAGCUGUCCUGCAGAGGCCACGCUGGGCAUGGACACCUUUCCCCACGCCUGCAGGAGCACAGGUGGGAUGUGACCGCCCAGUCACGAAGUCCCUGAGGCCUUCGCGGGGAACCCGCAGAGCGAGCCAUGCCUUUCGGCCUGAAGCUCCGCCGUACGCGGCGCUACAAUGUCCUGAGCAAGAACUGCUUCGUCACCCGCAUCCGCCUGCUGGACAGCAGUGUCAUCGAGUGCACGCUGUCCGUGGAGAGCACUGGCCAGGAGUGCCUGGAGGCCGUGGCACAGAGGCUGGAGCUGCGGGAGACGCACUACUUUGGCCUUUGGUUCCUCAGCAAGAGCCAGCAAGCUCGAUGGGUGGAGCUAGAGAAGCCACUGAAGAAACAUCUGGACAAGUUCGCUAAUGAGCCCCUGCUGUUCUUCGGAGUCAUGUUCUAUGUGCCAAAUGUGUCAUGGCUUCGGCAAGAGGCCACAAGAUAUCAGUAUUACCUGCAAGUCAAAAAAGACGUGCUUGAAGGGCGGUUACGGUGUUCGUUGGAACAGGUGAUCCGGCUGGCCGGUUUAGCAGUGCAAGCUGACUUUGGAGACUACAAUCAAUUUGAUUCUCAAGAUUUCCUCCGGGAGUAUGUGCUAUUUCCUAUGGAUUUGGCAUGUUCAGAUGCCACAGGCUGCUCCGUGACCCUCACGGUCUCUUUGCUGCUGCUUGGUUAUAGUGGAAUCCUGCCCGCGGAGGCUGAGCUGAUGUACAUCAACGAAGUGGAGCCGCUGGACGGAUUCGGGCAGGAGAUCUUCCCUGUGAAGGACAAUCACGGAAACAGUAUGCACCUCGGCAUCUUCUUCAUGGGGAUUUUCGUGAGGAACAGAAUCGGAAGGCAAGCGGUGAUAUACAGAUGGAACGACAUCGGGACCAUCACCCACAGCAAGUCCACUAUCCUGGUGGAGCUGGUCAGCAAGGAGGAGACGGCCCUCUUCCACAUGGAUGACAUUGAAAAUGCAAAGUAUGUUUCCCGGUUAUUUACAACACGGCACAAGUUUUAUAAACAAAACAAAAUCUGCACCGAGCAGUCUAAUUCCCCGCCCCCCAUCAGACGCCAGCCCACCUGGAGCCGGUCCUCCCUGCCCCGGCAGCAGCCAUAUAUCCUGCCACCCAUGCACGUCCAGUGCAGCGAACACUACUCAGAAACGCACACGUCUCAAGACAGCAUUUUCCAUGGGAAUGAAGAGGCCUUGUAUUGCAAUUCUCACAACAGCCUGGACUUAGGCUACUUGAAUGGCACCGUCACCAACGGGAGCGUGUGCAGCGUCCACAGCAUCAACUCCCUCAGCUGCCCCCAGAGCUUCAUCCAGGCCUCCCCGGUGUCCUCCAACCUCAGCAUCCCCGGGAGUGACAUCAUGCGACCCGACUACAUCCCCAGCCACCGGCACAGCGCCAUCAUCGUGCCGUCCUACCGGCCGACCCCUGACUAUGAGACAGUCAUGCGGCAGAUGAAGAGGGGCGUGGUGCACGCAGACAGCCACAGCCAAUCCCUGCGGAACCUCAGCAUCCUCAACGCUCACGCCUAUAGCCAGCCCGAGGAGCUGGUGUACAGCCAGCCGGAGAUGCGCGACCGGCACCCCUACAGUGCACCCUACGCCCCGCAGGGGGGUUACAGCCAUGCUCUGGUCAAUCCAGCUGACCACAUGAACCCCAAGAGCGGUGUGGUGCCCAGCAAGCCCCGGGCCAGCGCCAUCUCACACACGGUGAGCACUCCAGAGCUGGCCAACAUGCAGUUGCAGGGGCCCCAGGGCUACCACGCGGCCCACGUGCUCAGAAACUACCUUUUCCGGCCGCCCCCACCCUACCCCCGACCCCGUCCCGCCACGAGCACCCCGGACCUGGCCAGCCACCGCCACAGGUACGUGAGCGGCAGCAGCCCUGACCUGGUGACGCGCAAGGUGCAGCUGUCUGUGAAGACCUUCCAGGAGGACAGCUCGCCUGUGGUGCACCAGUCCUUGCAGGAGGUGAGCGAGCCCCUGCCAACCACCAGGCACCACGGCGCGGCCAAGCGCCACAGCCUGGAGGUGAUGAGCAGCAUGGUGCGCGGCAUGGAAGCCAUGACGCUGAAGUCACUGCACGGCCCAGUGGCCCGCCGCAACACGCUCCGCGAGCAGGGCCCGCCCGAGGAGGCGGCACAGCUGCCGCAGUUCCACCACCAGAAGACCUUGUCCGACGCCACCAUGCUGAUCCACAGUAGUGAGGAGGAGGAUGAGGAAGAGGAGGAGGAGGAGGCGCCCGCGGCUGCCCCGCCGCACAUGCCUGCGCUGCAGGAGAAGGUGGAGUACAGUGCCCAGCUGCAGGCCGCCCUGGCCCGGAUCCCCAACAAACCCCCGCCCGAGUACCCGGGACCCCGGAAGAGCGUGAGCAACGGGGCGCUGAGGCAGGACCAGGGCGCCCUCGCCCCCUCUGCGGCCAGGGCCCGGAUGCUGAGGCAUGGCCCCGCAAAGGUGCUCAGUGGCUCCCGGCCAGACCAGCUGGCCAUCAACGGCUCUGCCCUGGGCCCGUCCAUCUCGGAGCCUGACUUGACCAGCGUGAAGGAACGGGUGAAGAAGGAGCCAGUGAAGGAGCGGCCCGUGUCCGAGAUGUUCUCCCUGGAGGACAGCAUCGUGGAGCGGGAAAUGAUGCUGAGGAAUCUAGAGAAGCAGAAGAUGGCAAGCCUGGAGGCACAGAAAAGACCGCUGAUGUUGGCAGCGCUGAAUGGCCUCUCGGUGGCCCGGGUCACAGGGCGGGACGAUUGUCGCCAUGAUGCCACCCGAAUCCCCAUGGAUGAGAGGUUCAGAACCCUGAAGAAGAAGCUAGAAGAGGGGAUGGUGUUCACAGAGUACGAGCAGAUUCCAAAGAAAAAGGCCAACGGCAUCUACAGCACGGCAGCCCUGCCGGAAAACGCAGAGCGCAGCCGGAUCCGCGAGGUGGUGCCCUACGAGGAGAACCGCGUGGAGCUGAUGCCAACCAAGGAGAACAACACCGGCUACAUCAAUGCCUCCCACAUCAGGGUGGUGGUCGGAGGGGCCGAGUGGCACUACAUUGCGACGCAGGGGCCCCUGCCACACACCUGCCAUGACUUCUGGCAGAUGGUGUGGGAGCAGGGGGUGAACGUGAUCGCCAUGGUAACUGCAGAGGAGGAAGGCGGACGAAACAAAAGCCACCGAUACUGGCCCAAACUGGGUUCCAAGCACAGUUCAGCCACCUAUGGCAAGUUCAAGGUCACCACGAAGUUCCGGACAGAUUCAGGUUGCUAUGCAACCACAGGCUUGAAGGUCAAGCACCUUUUGUCCGGACAGGAAAGGACAGUGUGGCAUUUGCAGUACACAGAUUGGCCGGAUCACGGCUGCCCGGAGGACGCCCAAGGAUUUUUGUCCUACCUGGAGGAGAUCCAGUCUGUGCGUCGCCAUACCAACAGCAUGCUGGAAGGUGCCAAGAACCGGGCCCCUCCCAUCGUGGUCCACUGCAGCGCUGGUGUGGGCAGGACUGGCGUGGUCAUCCUGUCGGAGCUGAUGAUCUACUGCCUGGAGCACAACGAGAAGGUGGACGUCCCGGUGAUGCUGCAGCUGCUCAGGGAGCAGAGGAUGUUCAUGAUCCAGACCAUCACGCAGUACAAGUUCGUCUACCAGGUCCUCAUCCAGUUCCUCCAGAACUCCAGACUCAUUUAGUCCCCAUCCAGCGCCUGGAGAGGGACCCGGAGCCUGCAGCAGGAAGGCCAGGUCACCUGGCAACAUUGUGUAUUAUUUUAUAUGAGAUAAUUUAUUUUUUUCCUCUUGGAAUGACUUUUAUGAAUUAUUAUAAUGCGGUUUUCACAGCAAUACAGUGCGUUGCAUUUGAACCACAUCUUGACUGAUCUGCAUUGUAAGACGUCAGGAGGGAAGGUUGCCCAGUGGGGACUUUGGAGACGGAGGCGCAAGACGCACAUCUCUAGUGGAGGAAGUGGCAGCCAGAUUUUUUUUUUUCUUUUGGCGGAACCGGGGAUUGAACUCAGGCCCUUGCGCUUGCCAGGCAAGCACUUAUUCUACUGAGCUAUCUCCCCAGCCCAGCAGCCAGAUUUAUAAGCCAGCCUGAAAUUCAUCAUCCUAACUGCUUGUGUUCCAAGUCAGAGAUGGCAAGAAAAAGAAUUCACCUUGGAAUGGAAAGCAAAGGGGCCAAAGGAAGAGUCACUGUUCUUUUCUGUUUUGGCGGUUUGUUUGAUUAGGAGGCGCACUUUGACAGUUCCCUCUUUAUUUCUGCCCUCACCCUCAGUAACCUCCUUCCCACCACCCAUAUCCCAGGGCCCCAAGCUUCAGUAAGAGGUGGGAGGGGGUGUGGUAGUGUGGAGGGGGUCCUUGACGCCUUUCGGGCUGAGCGGGUCUCCUGGCUCUGUAGAGUCUGUCUGCUGUGUCUGGGGCCCAAGCCUGGAGCCUGCUGCCUCUCCCAUUUGCAGACAGAUUCUGAUCUGGUGCUGGGGUUGGCCGGGCUGGGCUGUCCUGCAAUCCAGUCUCUUCCCUGGUUAGAAGUCGAGUGGGGCAGUGUAGGAGAAGGAGCAGUCGGCAUUGGUGCUGUGCUUUAGUGACAUGCGGCGCCUGGGUGCCUGCAGGUCGGGCUGGGUGUGUCCAUCUGUUGGUCCCUGUCAGAGGAAAGGCUGUAAAGGAAACAGCUGGGAAGCUGGUUUGCAGGACCCAUGUGGCACUUGGCUGCCGGGGCCUGGCCAGCAUCACGCUGUGCGGCCCUUGGUGGGAGCGGAGCUGAUCUCACACCACGUCAUGUCACAUCACGUCACGUCAUGGUCCUGGGAGGGGUGGAUGCAUCGCCCAACAGGCUCCCCACUUUGCUCUUUCUUUCCACGUGCGCUGUGCUCAGCCGUGGCCUUCGCAGCCCUCAGCUUGAAGCUCGGUUCACAGCUCUUGCCUGUGACUUCACUGGUUGGUGGCCUUCUAAAUCCCUUAGUUUAGUAGAAGAAAUCGUGGCUCACACUUCGUCCUGCUUCCUGAAUGAAUUUUGGGCCGUUUUCCAUUCUGCGUAUCUCCUUGUUACACAAGUUCUAAGUCCUGGAUCUGUUCUCAGAACUGACUUAGGUGUCAGUUUCCUCCACAGCUGCCCUGCUUUGGGUUUGUUUCUGUUUUCCUGAGCUGAAAGGACAGAAGUAGGGUGGUUGUGUCCUGUUGAGAGAGCAUGGCUCCGUGACUGCCUGCCGCACGUAGGAUCAGGCGCCUUGGUCAGGACUUCCCUUCUGUUCUCCUGCAAGGCGUGACAUUUGCUCGGGCGUACCUUCAGCUGAGCUUUGUGGAUUCCAGGCUCUUGGUACGCUCUGGAAGGGCAACUGCGGGGCUCACGUGCGGCUCCAGUGCCACAGAGAAAAGGAUUUUGUUUCUAGUUCCUUAGAGACUCUUUUGGUCCCUGGACAGUCUAACAGUUGGUCUCAGCUACUGGUUUAUUAUAUGACGAAGAACGCCACUGUUCGCCUUUCGUCUCUGAACCUCAGCGUGGUCCCUGGAGAACUGGCUUCUGCGGGCAGCCCGCAGGUGUGCCUUGUCUUGGAGCUCCUCAUGCUGGGCUCCUUCGGCCUCAUCACCGCGCCCAUCUUGGGCUUCCAGAAUGUUCAUGAAAACACAGGACAUGGGGCGGAAGUGGAUGUGGCAUCCAACUUCCCGGCCAGAGUUUGUAUGGAAACCCAAACAUUAGUUAUUCCAUACAUUUCAUUAAACAACAACAACAACAACAAAAACACUUCCGGUUCUUUCGCACGUUUCACAUUCCUUUUUGCCUCUCCAGUGAAUGCCAACACGGCUCCUGUUAAAUUAGCAGCAACCAGUUAGGUCCUUUCAGAGGCAUCUACAUAACAAUUAUCCGGAGAUGCUUCAUUUCUGGGCAGCAGGCCAAGGAAUAAACUUUGAAGCACAGUGUGUUAGUUAUGUAGCUAGACCUUUUGGAGUGGUUUCCUGGUGAUGCAUCAGGUCUAACGCUGGGACUGUCAGGGUCUAUUGCUGCUGGUAGGAUUCGAAGAGAGAAAAUUUAAAGUGGAAGGAAAGAUACCGUCUCGCAGACAAGCUGUCAAAAUGUUCUCUGGCCUCUGGUUUUGGAGUUGCCUGGCCUCAGAGUUUUGUCCUUUCAUUUGCCCUCAGUGAACUUUGUUGACCAAGUGUGUGUCCUGGUCCCUGUGGUUCCCGUGGUCCUCAUGUCUUCAUCCCUGACACAGAGAGGGGGGGCCACCGUUGGUUGUGCCCCAGCAGCGUUGGCAGGUGGUUGUCACCUCUACCCCCAGCUCUGCCUGUGCAUAGGCAGGAAGAAGAUCUAGCUGCCUGAGAAAGGGCCGCAUGCUGGCUUUCUCCCAUGAGAGUCAGGGUGGAUGUGGGGCUGUGUGUGUAAUGAGCAAGCCGGGGAAGGUGCGAACAUUGCUGCGAAGAUUAUUAUUUUGCCUAAUAAGCUUCUUAGGCGCUUAUGGAGAAUUCAUUUGUACAGAUUUUAUUGUUCUGGGUUGAGAAGAACAACUGACUGUGAUCGCAGCGCUGCUGUCCUGCUUUCCCAGGGAGCUGGCUCUCUCCUGCUGCCUCCGGCACCCACCCACUGGCCAGCAGGUCUUGUGCACGCUGCUGAGGGCUGACAUCUGCACAGGUUCAGGCUGCCUAUAUCCUGCUUAUGCUCUACUUUGGCAAAAGGCCAACUGCCGCAGGCACAGCAGGCCACGGGUUUAGCCAGCGAGCUGCUGCUUCUUACCUCCUGUGGCUUAACGUGGGCUGACCCUGUGGAGGUUCCAGUUACUGACCCUGUUUCCCAGGAGUAUGGAAACUGUAAAGGGAUCACCUGAGUUCAGAGCUUGUCUCUUCCCCCUCAGUGAGGAUCUUGCUGGGUGCAUGUGAAAGCGUGUGGAACUGCCUGGUUGGGGGCUUCCCUCUGGCGAUGCUCCGUAAGUGGCCACAGUGAGGGGCUUUGUCCUGGGGCAGGGAAGUUGCUCUUCAUGUGAGGGGCUGGGCAGGCCAUCAGGCGCAUCCUUAUGGGAUGGCCCGUGGUUGUCCUUCGCUGAUGCCUUCACUGUAUCGAUCUGGAUUGGCUGAACAUAUGUAGUCCAGUGGUUACAAAGCCUGAUGCAGGGGCCCCAAAGAUGCCCUCUGUCAAAACAGCAGAGUAACUUCCCAUUUCUGGUGGUGCGGUUGAUGGGGACAGCUGGUGUCACUGAUGAUCUUCAUUUGGAAAAGGCAUGUCAGUCACUUGGGGCAGGUGAGGACUUCGUAGAAGGUGUGUAGGGAGGCUGGUCAGCUCGAUGUCUGUCGGUGUCCUCUGCCUCUCAUUUGUCCCAUCAGGGGUGACUGUUGGGCAGAAUUCCCAGAAGUGCCAAGCUGUGAGUGUCCCGUAGGGACUGCGGAUUUCCCAGUGGCCUGCGUGGGGGUGGGGGCAGCUAGGUGGCUCCGACAGGCAGAGCGGAGCUGCAGCAUGGGAACGUGUGGGACGCUUCCCGAGAGGAGAGUGGUUCUGAUCUUUAUCUCAGCCUCGAAGUCAUUUGCGGGCCGGAUACCUUGCUGCCUACUAUGUGGAAAAGGCCGGCAUGAUGUGUGGCAGAUGUGUGGCAGAUGUGUGAAGGCCUCUCACUAAUUCUGCUCUCUAGAAUCACUUGGAGGCCACCGACACAGAGCAUCCUGGGAAGCUCGGCCACACCUAGCUUCCUGGUACUUGGCUUUGCCUGCCUGUUCUGGGCUUGGCCCAGCCAAUAUACGCUUGCCCUUUGAAGCCAGUGGGCCAUGCCUUUUACCUUCUCCAGUUUAAAGUAGCUGCAUCUUCUCUCUCAGGAUCCCACUAAAAUGUCCCCUCGGGCCUGGCUGAGGAUCUGACACCACUCGUUGAAUUGCCUCGGUCCCCUGUGUCCCUUGGUGCAGGGAAAGGGAGGGUGUCCAUCUGUCCCUGUUGUUCCCGCCUUUGCUCCUCCUCCCACUUUACAAAGAGACUGAGGGACACCGAGUUGUGAGGCAGGAGGCUAAGCUGUGCAAGGCCAGCCUGCAUGUGACCCGCAUCCACAGAGAAAGUCACUGUCCCUCUGCUUUACCCUGGCUUGCGGCAGGGGUCCUCCUUCCAAAAAGUGGCCCUGAAGUUUGCUUGAAGAGGAGCCCUCCAUGGGGAGAGGGAGGAAGGGCUCAGAUCUGUCCGGAACUUGUGUCAACGAGUUCGUGAUUCACACUUUCUUGGACCUGUAGGUGCUCCUUUCUGGGAUGUCAGGGUUUGGAAGUGGCCCAGGGGAAAGUGUGGGUGUCGCUGCUGGGUGCAGCAAGAGUGUGGCCAGUGUCUGAAGCUGUGCGCCGCUUGGUGGUGCCGCCGUCCUCACCUGAGGCAGCCAGAGCUUCUGCUUCUCUUCGCUGUGCUCGGCUGUCCACGCUGCCCGUUCAUUUCUUUACCUGCCCGGCCCUGCAGCCCCUACCAAAGCAUUGAACCUGCUCAGUGAAUCACUGUCUCACACCUCUCCAAAAUGUGCAGUUGGGAAAUUAAUUCUAAUUCUUUUUUUUUGUUUUUUCAAAAAGUUCAUAUGAUUUCAAGGGUUAAGAUUUGUGAAGUGAAAAUACCAGGAAUGGAGGUAGCUAAAGAGCUGUCGGUGAGCCUGGCGUCAGACACACGCCUGUCAUCCCAGCACUCUGGCGGGCCGAGGCAGGAGGACGGCAAGUUCAAGCCUGACCUGGGUGACUCAAUGCCUUACGUAACCUUGGAGCACAGCUCAGGCCAUAGACCCUGGCUCAAUCCCCAGUGCCACCAAUAAAAACCUGUCAGCAACCAGGCAGCCACCCCUAACCUUCUUUCUGCUCCCUGAUGGAGAUUGUCCUUCAGUGCCAGAGGAGAUGAAAGAAAAGGCAGGACUUAGUCGUGCUGAGCUCCAGGAUGGUGUGGCCCUUUGCACUGUCGGGUGAACUUCCAUGGAUCUGCUGUGGCUACGUCUGGUGCAGUGUAGAUGUGAGCAGUCUGACUAGUAUCUUACAGCUUCUUCCUGUGCCGUGGCCUUUCCACGCAGACGUGCCACUGAGCGAGAAGGGAACCCAGGCAGGCCGGAGAGCUGUCCACCCACCCGCCUUCCUACCCAUCCCCUUCCUUCAGAGAACAAGAAGGCCACCUCUUCUGAGAAGUUUGGCUUGGCAUCUUUCUGUGCUUUGCUGAAAUCUCAGGGAAUGCCACUUUGAGUUUAGCGAGGUGACACUCGGGACGGUGCCUGGUGUCCUUGGCAUUUCUCUAGUGCCCUCCCGUGCCCUGCUGCAGUGAUCCCCAGUACAUCCGUCUCUGCAGCAUCAACCGGAAGCUGUCACCCAGAGCCAGCACCUUCUUGUGAAAUUGUGGCGUUCCCCUGCAGGUUCCUCCAACCUCCUUGCUGCUGUUAGGCAUCUCGAAGGCUGCUGUUCAUCAGAGAUGACGUCCUGUGUCUGUCUUUCCUGCCUGCAGUAGCCAGCAAGCCCGUGCCGGGUACCGUGGGUGGGAAGAAGAGGUCUGUACAUGCAGGUGACAAUUACCUACGACCCCCUCCUGUAACCUGUGUAAGGUCAAAUAAGAGGUCUAUUGCUUUUGUUUCACUGGACUGUUGUACUAUAUGCUUCAGUAUUCCUGGGCUUUUCUUUGGCCUGUGUUUUGUAAAAUGUUGCAAAUUUUGGUAUACUUCAAAAGAAUUCACUUGUACUGGUUUGGGUUUGAAGUAAUACCCAAGACCCCAACCUAGGAACCAGUUGGUUCUUCAGGCUUAGGGCCAGCUUCCAGAAGCCCGCUGGCUCCCCACACAACCUGUGUCCGGGGCGAUCUCGCUGGCUUUGGGGGUUGCGUGGCACGAGUACCUAGCACCUGUCAUGCCCUCACUGUUAGUUGCAUUCCGGGUUUGGGGUCCGGUGAUGACCGCCUGCUACUUUGCAAGACGGAAGCCCGAUUUCUUGACUACCAAAAAGACAGCCGUCGGGAGAUUGAAGAACCGAGAUCGAUAGCACAUUCCCUGAGUGGGGGAGUGGCCAUCGCUAGAGCCAGGUCAACUGUACUUGGGUAUAGACUCCCUUCCAAUAUAUUUUCUCUCUCCCAAUUUGAUAUGAAAAGCCUUAAGUAAAACUAUGCAUGCUUUUCCUAUGUGCUACUUUGUAUCAGUAAAUAAGCUUAUGCUUGCCAGUUUCGUACACAGGGAUGAGGUGUAUAAAACUGACUUCGACAGUAUUGUUUGCACUGUUUCUGUCCAUUUUUAUAAAGUCUUAUUUCAGUAUCCGUCUUAGUGCAAGUCCUUACCACCCUCUUUGUUACUGUAAAAUGUUUCAUAUGUGCCUUUACAAACGUGAGAUCUUUUUUGUAAGAGAUAUAUAUUGAUUUCCAUAUACAAUAAACCUUUUGUUUUUCAGAGA